AUGAUGCUAUCAGAUGUCUGGAGAACUCGUCUUCUGGCUCCAGGAAUUUCCAGAGCAGAUUUUGACGAUGUAGUGUCGCAUGUGCAAUUGAUUAGAGCUACGAAGAAUCGCAGCAUCAGAGCCUGUAUUGCUCUUCUACUGGUGAAACUAAGGACUGGUUUUUCCCAUCGAAUGCUAUCAACACUCUUCAACAUUGAAAAAUGUGGUGUCAGACGGGCAAUAACAACAGCCAGGAGAGAAUUUUCUCAGACUUUUACUCCUAAAUAUGUGGGAUUUGACCAUAUCUCAAGGGAAGAGAUUAUCCAGGAGCACACAACACCACUUGCUAAGGAGCUGUUUGGCAGUGAUCUACACAAUCCAGCUAUUUUAGUCGUGGAUGGAACCUACAUUUUUAUCCAGAAAAGAAGCAACUUCAGGUUCCAGCGCAGGUCAUACAGCCAGCACAAAAACCGACCUCUAGUCAAGCCAAUGCACAACAUUCAGUCCAACAUGGAGAACAUCAAAGAUUGGCUGCAUCAGGAGGAUGUCCUCGUAGUUGACCGUGGCUUCAGAGACUCAAUCAAUUUCCUUGACAGCUUGGGAAUCAGAUGCCAGAUGCCUGCCUUUCUUCCAAAAAGCCAGAAACAACACACAACAGAUGAGGCAAAUACUUCAAGACUGGUCACCAAAAUCCAUUGGAUUGUUGAGUCGGUGAAUGGACGACUGAAACAGUGGACGUUUUUGCAAAAUGUUGUCCCAAAUACCCAGAUACCCUUCAUCAGGGAUUAUGUUUGCUUGGUUGCAGCUCUCUGUAAUAAGUACAGACAACACUUAAAUGCUGGAAACCCAGAAAAUGAUGUGAUUUUAGCCGCUAAAAUGAAGUACUUAGCAUCUCAGACAAACAAGCUUCAGGAGAGAGUGGAAUCUGAAGGACUACACAGAAGAGUCAAGUCAUGGACCCCAAUCAAUGCUGCUGAUUCGUUGGACUUUCCACGUCUCUCAGAGGAGGAUCUGUGUAAUUUGACUAUUGGUGUUUACCAGUUAAAGCUGGCUAAGGGGUACACUGCUCAGCACAUGGAUGAAGAAGGUGAUUACGUCAUCAUGGUAAAUGCUGAUAUUCCUGAUGUUCUGCAGAUAAGGAUCCAGAGUCGACAUAUUUCAGGUAAACAAUGCCUUCUUUGGAUAGAGCACUCAGAGGGAGCUGUUACUGGUUGGUAUUGUCAGUGUCGUGCUGGAGCCAGAGUUGUCGGGGCAUGUGCCCAUGUGGCCUCAGUAUUGUGGUUUCUUGGCUAUGAAAGACACACAAACUUUGCAUUUAGACCUACUCAAGACUGGGCUGACUACUUUGAGGAUGCAGCUGUGCUUCCUGCAGUAAUGGAUGGCUCAUCAGAAAGUGAAAUGAGUGCAACGGAAGAGUGACAUGAAUUGCGACAUUGGUUUAUUGAGAGUGAACAUUCUGCAGGUUAUGAUAUCCACUGCACCAGACUCCCAUUAUUGUUUUCAACAAUAUAGUGGAAGGCUGUGUAUAUAUUGUUAUUUAUUAAUUGUAAAUAGGGAUUUUUAUGUAUCUAUGAUUUUUUUUUAAUUUUUAAAUUGUGAUUUCUUAACAUCUGUUAUAUAAUUGAGAAAUUAAAAAAUAGUACAUUGUACAUCCAAAUAACAUUCAAUGAUAGAUUCAUUUCAUGAGUUUAAUAAGUUCAGUUGUAAAUAUUGAAAGAUUAAUUAUGUACCUUGACAAAUGAAAUGAUUUGUUAUUAUCAUAUGAUUAUACUUCAUGAAUGAUUGUUAUCAAAAUUAAUAUACUGAUGUAAAAUGCAUAAUGCAUCACAAAAUGUUUCUCAGAUAAUAGUAACUAUUAUAGUUUAUUAUGCAAUGUGUUGAUUCGCAUAUUGAACUUUGUUAAUUUAACAUGACUAUAUACAAGUACUUGUUAUUUUUUGUAGUACAAUGUAAUUACAAAACCUUUCCAGACAAAUAUGUACUAGUAUAACUAAUUCUUUGAUGCUUAAUUCAUUUCUAUGACAUUGUGAGGAUGAUAAACAUUAUCUUAUUAUGAGUAAAUGUAGUAUAUAAGGCAUGAGUGGUGUGAUGUUUAACUUCUAUGAUCUUUUUGGUAAUAGUAUAGGUGGGUGAUGGGAGUUCUGGAAUUUGUUUAUGCAAACUGAAAUCCCUUAUUGUUAUUUUUGUCAAGUUUAAUGAAUUGUUAUUAAAAAUGUUAGUUGAAUACAUUUCUUGUUUGUUCACUUUGUGCAUUCAAUGUCUUUUUAUGUUAAAUACAUAAAAUAGUACUUGUCUUUGAAAAAUUAACAUUUUUCUGUGAAUUCAAAAUAAUAUAAAGGGUUUUUUCUCAUUUAUAGUUUUUGAUAGAGUUAAAAGGAUUUUAUUUAAAAUAUGUUUACCAUAAAGUACAUAUUGUAAGUGGAGUCCAUUUAAAGACAUGUUAAGUUCCCAGGUAUCUCUGAUUUUGAACAUAAAAACAACUGUUUUACAUUAAAAUUCAGUUUUUUUUUUACCACUUUUAGCUAAAAAAUAGUUACUAUUCACAUGUUUAAGAUCAUUUCUGUUGUAUUUGUAUUAAAAAUCCAUCAUUUAUUUCUUUGAUUAAAUUUACAGACAAAAAAUUAUUAAAAAUUUCCAGAAAUCAGUGAAAAUUGUGUUAUUUUUGUAUUUUUGACCCCAAAAUGUCGUAAAAGUGUUUUUUUCAUCAAAAUAUGUCUGAAAAGGUGUGAUUCAAUAAUAAUUCUUUUAAUAUUUAUAACAAUUUGUCCAAAAUGGUUUGGGCCAUAUUUAGGGUCUUACUGCCC